GGCCAAGUCAGCACAGGACAUGCUCCGUGCUGCUCAACUGGCUCAAGGGUCAGGCCCUUCUGCAGGUGGCCAUGCCAUGUGCCCGGCCUCGCAGUUUCAUAUGCGCCAAAUGGGCUUUGUUCCUCCAGCUUGCCAGCAGGGUGCAUGGGGUGCGUGAGGGUCUCAUCUGGGCGGAGAAUGACACAGAGAUCCUGCAGCCCUUGCAGAAGAAGGGUUUGGAGGAUGUCUUUCGAAUGAUGGAGGACAAGUACAGCUUCAAAGUGGGUCUCCAGCGAGCCUUGGAGGAGGCCCGAGAGAAGAAAGAAGGACUGUGCCCACGGAAAGGGAAAUGGAAGCAGAUGGUUCCAUGUGGGUCUCUUCCAGGGCAUCACAGGGUCACACCUGGUUGCUGGGCGAAGCCGACCGUUCCAAGCAAAAGAACUAAGGGCUGCGCACCAUUCAGGACGGAGCUGGCAGCGCUGAAGUGCAAUUGCCGGCCCUACCUGGGCAUACUGGCACGCGAGUGCGUGAACCACACGGAGAUCUAUGGCGAUUUCGAGGACAAGCUGGAGUAUCGCACCGCUCGGCAGCUCUAUGCCGGGAAAUGUGAGUUCAGCAAGCAAUUCCAUGAAGCAGCGUUGGCGCUGGUGCUGGUGAUCAUCGCUAGCACCGCUCUUUGGUGUGUGCUGAGUGGCCGAGCAGCUAACGAGCUGGAUGAACCCGAAGAGGAGGGGCAAGCUCAGCAGCUCGAUGCUGAAGAGGGCCAGCAACGCGAAGAAGAUGAGAUGCGCCAGCGAGAUGAGAAGCGACGAGGGGAUUUGUUCAGCGACUUGGUGAGGGACAGCAAGAACCUCCAUGCGCUGGCGAUGAAGAUCAGCGCGUUGCCACCACCUCCGAACUCGGAAGCCUUCACGCCCAUCAAGAGCAACAUCUAUCGAUAUUGGGCGUUGGGCGGAAAGAAGCGAAGCUGGUUACACUACCUGGGCCUCAGGUUUGUGCUGGUCAUUCAGCUCCUGGCGCCACUGGCGAUCCUGCGACAAGGCUUCUACCGCUACAAUUGGUCCAGCACUGAGAUACACUUCGUGAACUACGUUUAUGGAGACUUAACCUAUGGAGGUUCUCACGUUUUGGGACGUGUCUUGGAAUUUGCCUUCACCUAUUGCAUCGGCCUCCACUGCCUCUCCAUCAUCAAGAAGGCUUCGACCGAGAAUUCGAUGCUGUCCUCUCUGUUCGAUGAGUUGAGGCGGCAGAAGGACGCGCGUGAUGCCGGAACUGGAAGCCGCGAGAGCUAUGUGAGCCGCUGGUCCCAGACAUGCCUCUUCCUGGAUUGCGCAAUGAUCUGCUAUGUGAUUCUGGUGGGAUUGGUGGAUAUGGUCCUGGUGUUCACCAUGUCUGAAGGUCCCAAGGACAUUUGCUUUGACUCGUUGGGACUUCUCUUCAUCUUCCAUCUCCAUGAGGUGGAUGGUGGGCUCUCUUUCGUGUCUGUCAAGGACUUCAAUCAGGACCGCAUCGGAGAGCUGUGCCACCGCCUCGCGGAGUCCACGGAGCGGGACGUGGCGGAGGGAUCCUUCUCCUCGUCCGAGCGGCGGACGGUGGCCGAGACGAAGCGGCUCAAGUUCUUGGCGCAGCAGCGGAUCAAACAGCGCUCGGCGCUCUUCUUUGUGACAGAGAUGGCUAUCUACAUCAUUUUGUUCUUGGUUCCUGUGUUCCAGCUCUUCGUCCAAGAUGGGCUGCAAGGGCGCAGCACUGGCACUGAUCAAGGCACCCUAGGGGCUCACAUCGUACAGGAUGAGGCCUUGAUCUACAACGCCCUCAAGAAGCUUCCGCAGUCGUGAAUUUUCGCGGCACCUGCGCCAUCAAAAAGAGCGGAGCCGGGCUUCUGCACGAGCCGAAAACCUGCACCCGGAGGGCUUCUGCAGAUCGAUGGAGGGAGAAUGUGACAUUAGCUGAGGUGGUACUCUUCCUCCAACAAACAUGAACGUGGAGUUCACCUCCUAAUUCGUUUUGU